UCAUCUGCGCAUGCUCAGUGCAGCCAAAGUCUGGACUCUGGAGCGGUCACUGUUUCUGUCGUUACACCGGCACGAACAGGUAACGGCGGCGCUGGAGCAGCCGCGCCGGGGGCCCCAAUCCCGCCCCCUCCGCGAAGCGAUGCGGGGUGGGGGCCAGACCCCGAGCCCGCCCCCAUGGAAGUCAGUGAGGACAGCUCAGAGCCAGGUUUUUCAACGGCGUCGUUGAUUGUGAGGCCGGGAGGACGCUGUAUACGUGGGUGUGGAGUGGCGGGGAAGGGAGAUGCAUUAAGAUUAUCAACAGAGGAACAAUGGAAACUUCAGCAUCAGAAGAUGCAUGCACAGCACCAUGGCCACGAAUCCAUGCAUAUGGAGAUGGUUCUUAUUGUCAUUGCAACCUUGGUAGUGGCACAGAUUGUACUGGUUCAAUAGCAGCAAAGGCACUGCAGGUCAUACAAUCUCAACCGGGGAGCUGGUAAGCACCGGGGGAUGUUUUCAGUUAGUACCAGUUACAUCAUCUUCAGAGCUACCCGCAAACCUCUGUCAGGCAGAACACCACGGUUGGUCUACAAGUGGUUUCUUCUUAUCUAUAAACUGAGUUAUGCAAUUGGAAUUGUGGGUUAUUUAGCUAUAAUGUUUACCGUGUUUGGAUUUAAUUUAUUCUUGCGAAUCAAGACUGAAGAUUUCAUGGAUUUUGGUGUGAUAUUGCUGUUUUAUAGACUCUACUGUGGAGAGAUGGGAAGAGACUUCGCAGAGAUUUGUUCUGAUUACAUGGCUUCCACUAUAGGGUUUUAUAAUGUCAGUGGGAUGCCUACAAGAAGUUUGUCCAACGACAUCUGUGCAGUCUGUGGACAGAAAAUCUUUGUGGACAUAAAUGAGGAAGGGAUAAUUGAAAAUACCUACCAGCUGUCAUGCAAUCACGUAUUUCAUGAAUUUUGCAUCCGAGGUUGGUGCAUUGUUGGCAAAAAGCAGACUUGUCCAUACUGCAACGAGAAAGUUGAUUUGAAGAGGAUGUUAAGUAACCCAUAUCCUUUUCUUAACAAGUGGAAGCGUACACAUGUUUUGUAUGGGCAACUGUUGGAUUGGCUCCGCUAUCUGGUGGCCUGGCAACCAGUUGUUAUAGGAAUAGUCCAAGUCAUUAACUAUUCGCUGGGCUUAGAAUAGGAUAUGUGAUUAUAGCCAGAAUGUAAAAUGUUGGCUAUUUCAAUAUGUAAAAUACUAUGUAUCUCCUGUACUUAAUAUUGUAAAAAUAUAAUUAAGACUGACCUCUGGUGUUCUUAUUGCACUGCUCUACAGGAGCCUCAGAUGGACCUCUCUGAUGUCACAGCAAUACUACAUUACUUGAACAGCAUGAAAUUAAAACAUUUCUGAUCUUC